GUCACCUCUGCUGAUGGUUGCUACUGGAAUUCACAGACCACUCUCACACUCUCACACUCACCCGUGGGGGGCGGCGGGGGGUUAGUUGAGGGCUGUGUGGAGAGAGAGAAUGCCAGAAGAGGAGGAAGAUAAAUCUUUCUCUGUCCAUCCCUCUGUUCCGUUCCCGGAUUCAUUCUUGGGAGUCCGUCACCAUCCCGCCUGCUGUGCUGCCUCUGGAUCUAAGUCUGCUGGAUUACGGCUCCAUUUCUCCGCUCAUUAUUCCUGACGCUUGCAUUUCCAUGGCAGGCAAAGUUGGGCAUCCAGAGACUAUAUGUUGACUGCCUGUUCAUUUCCUCUUGACUUUGUAUGCUGUUUGAGCUUCAAAAUGAUUUCACUCUUCACUGGAAGAAGUGUGAUUUUUAUAUGACAGAGAAAAGAGCUCCGUCUAUUUUUUGGGGAUUGUUUACUUAUAGGAUAGGCUAGUGAUUUUGCUAUAUUUUGAACUUCGUUGUUGCUGGUGAUUUGGUGGGGAGGGAGGUUAGAAAUGUAGGAAAUGUCGAUGUCUUUACAUGUUUUAUUUUUAUCAAACAGACAUUCUAACCUCACUCACCCGUCUUUCUUUUUUACUGAAGAUGUGACCUUAGUGGUCUCUGUUUUUCAGUGUUUUUUAGUGUUGGUGCAUUUAUUUCUCGUCACACUGGAGGGUCCGCUUUGGAUGUGUGACUGCACUUGAACUCUCACCUCCCUUGCUCUUCCCUUUUCCAGGGGGCUCUUAACCUAGACCCUCUCUUUUAACCCUGAGUAAAACCCCUCUCCCCUCUCUGGGGGCUCUCUCUGGACCUUCCGACCAUUUUCUGUUGCUUGAGGACACAGACAGCCCCGCCUGAAGAGGGGCUGUUGGGUAGGAAGACACCCCCCUCCCAAAGGUGAGAGGGGGGGGAAGAUGGCAGCUCUCGCCAGCUCUCUCAUCAGACAGAAACGGGCAGUCAAGGACGACAGACAAAACCGACCGGUAGCCAACAAGAGGAAGCCUUGUCCCAAGAGCAACAAGUCUCUGUGCCAGAAACAGAUCCUAGUCCUUAUCUCUAAAGUGCGGCUAUGUGGGGGUCGAAAAAGUCGAAAAGAAAAGAGACCGGAGCCCCAGUUGAAAGGCAUCGUGACCAGGCUAUACAGUCAGCACGGAUACUACCUGCAUAUGCAUCCGGAUGGCACCAUGGACGGCACAAGGGACGAAAGCAGCUCCUUCUCACAGUUCAACUUGAUUCCUGUGGGUCUGAGGAUCGUAGCGAUCCAGGGGGCGAAGACAGGGCUUUACCUGGGCAUGAACAGCGACGGGUACCUUUAUACCUCUGAACACUUCACUCCAGAGUGUAAGUUCAAAGAGAGUGUGUUUGAGAACUACUACGUGACGUACUCCUCCAUGCUCUACAGACAGAGCCAGUCGGGCCGCUCCUGGUAUAUCGGUAUCAACCGCGACGGACAAGUCAUGAAGGGCAAUCGGGUGAAGAAGACCAAAGGUGCUGCACACUUCCUGCCUAAGGUUCUAGAAGUUGCCAUGUAUAAGGAGCCAUCGCUACACGAGCUAGUCAACGAAGAGAAAGAGAAAGAGCAAGAAAAAGAGAAAGAGAAAGAAGGCCCUGCCCGGAAGACAGUGAAGACGUCAGAAGAACGUCAUGAAAGAACUUUCUCCAUCAAGAUCUGCAGGAAAGAAAAAAAAGCCCCCAAGGCUGAUGCCUCGUAGCACAGGGGACUGAUGGUGGGGGAGGGGCAGCAGUGACACUGAGAACUUAAUAGGGACUUAAUCGCCCAUCAUGCACUUGGGCUGGCUGGAGGAAUGGCCCCCUUUCGCUAGAAGUGCACUGGGCUACACCAUGAUGAAGUGUCAGGGGUCAACAGCCCAUCAGGUCUGGGUCUCGGAGGAAUUCCUCUCACCUGCCACCAGAGAGGAAGAUGGAUUAGGGCCCAAGUCAGCACCACCACCCUUCCUCCCUGUCAAUCACCUUUACCCCUUCUCCUCUAGCACAGUCACUACCAAAGGCACAGCCUGUAUAAUCUCUCUGUCAUUCAUCUACUGCCUUCCCAUCACCUGUCCUAGUGUCCAGAAAUCCCCUCCACUCGCGCUCACACUUUAAUUUCUAAUUGUUAUAUUUUCAUGUGCGAGUGUGAUUGUGUCUGUGUGUAAGAGAGAGGUGUGUAACAAUAAUCACUUCAUGUCAUCAUAAUUACUAUUCUCGAGUCCACUCUUCUAAUUAAUGGCAAUCACCGUGAUGAAAGUGUGACUAUGCCAGGCCUCCACCAUCUGCCCACCUGCAAAUCACACACCUCACAGCUGGAGGCGGGACAUCAAAAUGAUGUUUUAUUGGACAACAUUGGGGGGAUCUAUUUCUAUAUGAUAGCAGGGCUGUCUGUUGAACUGCAGUCAGCAAAUCAAUUUCAAAAAAGCCAAAUCAUCUGUUGAAAGAGACAAGUCAAGCAAGCCCUUUUGGGAUCAGAGUUAUAUCUACAGGCUACAAGAUUACCUUUUCUAUCUCCCUCUUUCAAAGGUCAUUUCUCUAACGAUCAAUCACAAUGAGGAAGGUAAUGAUGGAGGGAACUGAAGAAGUUUAUCAUAAUAAAUCAUGAGGAUGAUGAUGAUGAUAAUAAUAAUAAUGAAAAUUACAAUGGUUACAGUGAUUAUGGUGAUAAUGAUGAUUCAACUACUGUAUAACUUUGCAAUAAUCUCACAGACAGAAAUUUCAGGGUAUUCCAUUAUCUGAAGUGAAUAGCCAUUUGCCCUUCUGGAGCCAUGAAAGCACCAUGUCCAAAAUACUAUGAGAGCCCCGACUCGUACAUGACUGCCAUGUCUGGCCCACAUAACAGUAGCCUGACAGAGAUGAUUUCAGUUUGUGUGCAGCAGGCUGACUCUGAGCAUGUGAGAGAGUGAUGGAGCUAAAUACCCUCUGGGCCCAAAAUGAGGCUAUGUUAUUAUGAUGUAACUCUUUGAAGGUUCUUUCCAGGGGUUUUUAUGGAAUACAUCCAUCAUUGCUUGAAUUAUUCACCUACAUUUAUGUAAAAUGUUCUAACUAGUCUCUGCAAUAUUUGUACAGUUUUGAGUCUCUUUAAGAGCUGGGCUGUGUUAAAAGAGAAAGUCAGCUUUUUUGCAAGUGUGUGAGAUAGUUACUGAGUGAGUGGUUAUGAAUGCACCUGCUUAAAAAUCUCCCAAUUUGCCAGCCUCCCUAACUCAGCUUGUGGUGCUCUUUUUUGUUGACCAUAAUGCACCAAAAUACAGUAUUUCAGAGAAAUGUUAAGGAUUGGAUUUAAAGGAAUGCUACUGUGUUAAAUUGAUUAGAUUCUCUGUCACCUGAAAGGUAAUGCUAGUGAUUGUUCAGUGUAUCCUUUGCUUGGCAACUGUUGUCGACAUAAAGCCGAGUUUAAAGCUGACAUCAAAGCCUGAGGAGGCUCUGAGCUGGAGCACCUACUUACUAUUCUACAGACGUCUCACUCCUUAUCCACUCACCAGCCUUAUCAAAUCACCACAGAGGAAUCCACUCGCAAAUAUGGAUUUCUUUGUGUGCGUGGCUGUGUGUGAUUGUGUUCUUCCCCCAGUGUAGCGAUGUUUGUGGGAAUGUGUGAGUUUAUUUUGGGAGUGCAUUGUGUGUGUAUGCCUGUGUGCAUGUGUGGGUUUGUGUGCGUG